UUCAUCAUCUAUAUCUCUCGUACAAAAGCAUAGCAUCUUUCCUAGGCUAAUCUCUCAAAUUUUGAAUAAUAUAUUCAAAAUCAAACUAUAAAAAAAGAAAGAAAAGAGGGGUUGGAAGUAGGUAUAGCAAAAAUCCAAAUAUAUAUAGUGUAUAUGGGGAGAGGGAAAGUGGAGUUGAAGAGGAUCGAGAACAAGAUAAAUAGGCAGGUGACUUUCGCCAAGAGAAGAAAUGGGCUUCUCAAAAAGGCCUAUGAACUCUCUGUCCUCUGCGAUGCCGAGGUGGCUCUCAUCAUCUUCUCCAGCAAAGGCAAACUCUAUGAGUUCUGCAGCACUUCUAGUAUGUCCAAGGCAGUGGAGAGAUACCACCAAUCUAGCUACGGUCAGAAUGAAACAAAUCAAUCUCCCAAUAUGGACCAGAACACCUACGAAGAGUAUCUGAAGCUCAAGGAGAGAGCUGAGGCUCUACAACAAUCUCAGAGGCAUGUUCUGGGGGAAGAUUUGGCAAAGUUGGGCAUAAAGGAGCUUGAUCAACUUGAACAUGUCUUAGAUGGAACAUUAAAACAAAUACGGCACAAGAAGAAUCAUAGUUUGUGCGAUCAACUCUCUGAUCUUCAGCAAAAGGAAAGAAGUUUAUUGGAACUUAAUGCAGCUUUGAUGAGUAAGCAGCUUGAAGGAAGUGGUUCACCUCCACAAUCAACUUGGCAUUUACAACAUGAGGUUAACGCACGAUACCAGCACACCCACUUUCUUGAGCCCAACAACAACACACCAGAAAUCCGCAGUUAUGACUCGAUUGUAACAGCGGAUAAUGUGAGAGAGAAUGCAAAUGGGAUGAUGAUGUCGGAAUGGAUGCAUUGACUCUAUACUUAGCUAUGAGAGAACUGCAUCUAAUAUGUGCUUAUAAAAUUAAUAUGGUACAAUAUUAUUUUUUUUCGUAAGACUUCUAAAUUAUAUACUACAUCUCAUAUGCUGUAAAGGACUGUAAUAAAUCCCAGGUCCUAAUGGGUUGAUAAGUAUCUCCUAAUAUGCGUUGGUUUGAUGUGUUGAAAAAGUUGUUAGAGUGAA